GUUGAUAAUGUCAGUCAAUGAUAUCUUAUUUAAAAACUUUAACAAGGUCAAAAGAGAUCUAAAGUCUCCAUCUGCAAAUACAAAACCCAAACUGAAGAACUCAAACAAGUGGAACACUUCUUUCAUGAAAUCGUUCCAAAAGGCAGGAGGGAAGAAGUACAAUAGCCCCACUUAUCCGUUCACAAAUAUUGGUUUGAAAUAGCCAAGCAAACGUUCCAAACUCUCGCUCAAAGAUCCCUGAUAUUUCUUCGAUUUCUUCUAUGGUUCAUUUGAAGAAUAGCCAGAACCCUUACUGUAGAAGGUGCAAAUAAGUUCAAGCAAGGCUUCACGCUCUCUAAGCUUACAAAUAAUAUCAUUAAAAGAAGAAUAAUUUUUAAAGACCCUAAAUACUGAGUCUGCAAACGGAAUAGUGAAGUUCCUCGAGAUAGAUGGGGUAUGAGGGAGAAGUCCAAAGGCAACAGAUCGUAUAACUAUAACUCUCCCGCCUUAUUUGACCCACAAAUAAUCAGUAGCUCAAGAAGGACAAACGAUAAUAGUUAUAACCAUUCAAAUAAAAACUCUUUUUAUUCUGGCAAUGUUGGGACAACUUUUGAGGCUAGACAAAUCCCAGACAAGAUUCCUUUAGUAAACAAGAAAGAGAUAGAGAAAGAGAAGAAUUUCAGCAGUUUUGAUAACACGAGACCAACCCACAGAAGAAUAAAGUCUAAUAUGGAAAUUGGCCGUAUCCAGAACCUGUAUGAAAUGUAUCUGAAGACUACCAAGAGAGACAAGGUAUUUCAUACCAAAGAAGAUGAAGCAAAGUACAUCAACGAUGUAUCAUCUGAAGAAGAGACUCAAAAGAAAGCUCCCUCGGCUCCCAAAGCAGAAACUCUGUUCAUCAAAUGUGAAAAGAGCAAAGGUGGGGAAUACCCUGCAUCAUUACUAUUCAUGGACUUUAAUAGACGUGAGAUCAUAGAAAACUUCAUCAAAAAUGAUGGCUCAGUAAUAGAGGAUGCUGACCAGAAGAAACAGAUGUCAAAAAGAAUCUUCCAGAAAUUCAAAUCAAAAUAUGGCCUCUCGAAGGUACAAAAUCAAGAUGCCAAGACUAUAUCCAAUAAUACAAAGAUCAAGAUGAUGCUUCAAGAGAAAAUUGAUUUUUAAUAGGAUCAAGUGUUGUUCAAUUAU